AGGGAUGGAGGCACUGAGUGGAGGGAUUGGCAGAGGGGGUGGAGGACACUGAAUGGAGGCCAGUGGAGGAUUGGCAGAGAGGGGUGGAGGGACACUGACAUGGAUGGGCCAGUGGAGGGAUUGGCAGAGAGGUCUGAGUGGAGGCCAGUGGAGGGAUUGGCAGAGAGGGGUGGAGGACACAGAAUGGAGGCCAGUGGAGGGAUUGGCAGAGGGGGAUGGAGGACACUGAAUGGAGGCCAGUGGAGGGAUUGGCAGAGGGGAGGGAGGACACUUGGAGGCCAGUGGAGGACAGGACAGUGGAGGGAUUGGAGAGAGGUGGAGACACUGAAUGGAGGCCAGUGGAGGCCAUUGGGAGGAGGGGUGGAGGACACUGAUGGAUGGAGGGCCAGUGGAGGGAUUGGCAGAUAGGGAUGGCUGAUACAGAAUGGAGACUGAAGGGGUGAGGUGUGGAGGAGACUGAAGGGGUGAGGUGAGGGGUAGAAAGAUAGAUUUGUGUGUCAUCAGGAU